AGGUUUGUGCUGUUGCAGUUGCAGCUAAAUCUUUUUUUUUUUUAAUUGACGUUUGGGGUUUGCACUUUGAUUUAAGUGGACCUAAAGCUGAGAAUUAAUUAUUUACUUUUUUUUAGUCUUACGUGUGUGUGAAAAUAACUCUUUUAUGAGCGGUGUUUAUGACGCUCACAGACGUGUCCGUGUGUUUGAUGUAUUUAGCGGCGACGUGAUUCGUUUCAAUUAUCAAGAAACCAGUCACUUUAAUGGUGAAGGAAGCAGCUAAAGACGACAGUAUCAAAGUCAUAGUCAAUAAAACAUCAAGCCAUCAAACACAACAUUAUAGUUUGUUGUGUUUAUAACAUGGACAUGCUCACAGGAGAGUGGUUACCAAUGGAGACAGGAGACGCUUAACGAGAUAUCUACUCUCAGUCCUGAACGCUACAAAGGCAUAUUCAACAUGGCAACAAAGCCAAGGGGCAAACCAUCCAAAAGUUCAUUUGGAGAUGAUGAUUUGCUCGACAGCUUAUUUGAUGAUACAAAACAUCAAGUCAGGGGGAGAGCACCUCGCAGUGGACCGCUGGUUCGCUCUUCUGCUACUGACAACAUCUUCAGUAUGCUCACAGAGGAGGCGAAGAGGGAUGGCGGGGGGUCCGAGGAUUCUGAUGUCUCCGCAGCAGAUCCAAAUGACAUACUGAAGAAUAUGAAGGACAUGGAUGAUAUGGAUGCUGAGCUUUUUGGAUCAAAGAAAAACCAGAGCUCAGCUCCUGCUCAAACGAUGUCGUCUGAUAACAAAGGGACAAAGAAAGACUCUGCUACAACAGAAACUUACCUUAAACCAGAGGAAUCAGGUGAUCCCACAAGGGCAAAGAAUCCAAACUCUACUCCUGCUUUGACCACCUCACAAAACUACAAGAAGUUCACCUUCUCUGAAACUGGAGGUGACGAUAAACGCCUUGUUCAGACAACUCAAAAUGAAGAUGAAGAUGACCCCCUGGCUGAUCUACUUGAUGACCUGCUUCCAGAUGAUACAAAGCCCAAAUAUAAAUCCAGCAUUCAACGGUCCAAACCUGAAAAGUCUGUGGCCUCUCCUUCAGCAUCCCCCGUCCUGGAGCCUGAAACACCUAAGGCAGCAAAGAAACCUGCUGAUCUUACAUUUGAUGACGAUAAGGACGACCUGUUGGAUGCACUCGGACUUGACAGCGAUGAAAACUAUCCUAAGAAAAAAGAGAGCGUUCUUUGGCCCAACAAGGAAAGGACUGAGCCGUCUCCAAGAGCUCGUACGAGACUUGACGAGAUUCUGCAGAGUUUGACUUCACCUCGUCUCCUCGAACGACCUCCAACCGGUGAGAUGAGGGACCAGGCACCGUCUCAAGAGGAGCAACGUCAGGAGAAGACCUCUGGGGGGAAAGAGCCACUUUUAGAAGAUGACCUCACAUUCGGCUCCUAUCAGCCCACUAUGGUGUCCACACCUGAAGGACGCCACUCCCGCAGACCGUCUGUCAGAUUUUCCACUGAGGAUGUGAGCAUGUCUACCUCGGAGAAGAAACCGAAACAAACAACCACCGCCUCUAGACAUCGCAACUCAGCCGACUGGCUAGGCCUCAAGACAGACGACGACCAAUCCUUUCUUAAGGGCGAUGCCAAAGAGACCACCACGACUACAAAGGCCCCUUCAUCUCCUGUAACAGAGAGAAGAUCCUCAGUGAGUAGUAGUCCUGUCCCAUCUGCUGCUAGAUUGGCUGCAGCCUCCCCGAUCCUAGCCGAUGGUGUCCCCAAACAAACCAAGCUGGACGCCUCUAAAAGCGAGAAGAGCGGAGAAGAGGAGGAGGAGGAUGACUGGCUAGCAGGAGCGCUGAGCAGGAGGAAGGCUCGGUCAGGGGUUCACUCUGAUGCAAAAGCAGCCAAGCAGGAAGACUCUCCAAGCCCGGAAGAAGUAGUGGAUCAGGAGUCAGUUUUAAGCCAACAACCCACUACACAAGCUCCUACAGGCAAAGAGGACACUCUUCCAUCUGUCAAAGAACCAAGAAAUUCUUUGCUUACACAGUCCAGUCCUUCUGCUAAUGUUGCUCCUGUUGAAGAGAAGAGGACCAAACAAGAUUCUCCUCCUCAGGCUGCUAGCAGCGUUAGCCACACUGAACCACAGCCUCAGUCCCAUCCCCACCACUUAAUACCGUCUAAUGAAGGAUCUGCUGUGCCUCGGGUGCCCGGUCAGGCUCUAAAUGAAACCCCUCAACAGCCUCCAGUGCUCCCACACAUGUCCGCUGUACUGACAGACAGCCUGCAGCAGCUGCUUCUACAAUCACAGUUGCUCGGUCUGGGAGGAUUUGUGGACGCAGCGUCUCCGCAGAGAGGUCUCGAGAAAGAGAAGCAACCUGCUGAAUAUCAAGCUUUACAGGCUCGCAUCAUCCAGCUGGAGGGACAGGUAAAGAAACUGAAGUUGGAGUGUGACCAGAGCAAAUCGUUGCUGGAGCUCAUGGACACUGCACACAAGGCUCAUGUGAAGCGGCUUGAAGAAAUGGCAGCCCAGAGGGAAUCGCAAGCGCGUCAGGAGUGCGACGACAUGAUGGAGCGCCUGGCCGCUGUUACGCGGUCAGGAGAGCAGGAGCACUCGGAGCUGCAGGCUCAGUAUCAGCGCAAACUGACCCAGGCCCUGCAAGAGAGAGACCGUGAGGUGGAGAGACUCAGAGACCUCCAGAGGAAGUCUAUCUUAGAGAUGAAGAAAGACCACGAGGACCAGGUCCGGAGGCUGAAGAAGCUAAAGGACGAGGAGGUUGAUGCAGUGACGAGUGCAACUUCUCAGACCAGGUCUCUCAUGGGGGUGAUCGAGCAGAUGGAGCAGUUCUCCUCUCGGCUCGGAGAUCUUUCUUCUCGAGUGGAGAGCACUCACGAACACACGGCUCAGUGCCUGGAGCAGGGGGUGCGGCACAGAGACGAGCAGUUUCGAACGAUGCAGGACCGUCUGACUCAGAAGCAGAAAGCUAUGGAGGAGGAGAGAGCGUACCUCAAAGAAAUCAUUUCCAGGAUGGACACGCAGAUCAAUGAGCAGCAGAGACAGCUUGAGAAGGAGCGCUGGAAAUUGACAGCAGAGCAGGCCAAAGCAGAGUCUACCCAGAGAGGCCUGGAGGACGAGCGGCGUUCCGUCAGCAUGCAGAUCAACAUGGAGAGAGAGGAGCUGGAAAGAGCUAAGAGCGCCUUACUGGAGGAGCAGAAGUCAGUGAUGCAGCACUGUGCAGAGGAGAGGAAGAAGCUGGCGGCUGAGUGGGCUCAUUUCCACACACUGGAGAAGCAGAGACACGAGAGGGCCGAACGGGAGGUCAGCAGCCUCCUGGAGAAGAGAGAGGACUCCAUCAUCAGUCUGGCACAGGAACAAGCUGACCUAAAGCUUCAUACGGCAGAGCUGAAACAUAAACAGGUGGCUUUGGCACAAGAGAAAGAGACUCUGGAGAAACUGAGAGAAGAGAUCGACAUGGAGAAAGAGAGAAUUAGCAGCACUGCAUUGAGACUCAAGACACGAGCCCAAGAGGUGGAGGCCUUUAGUAAGCUUGCAGCAGACAAGCAGGAGAAGGGAGAACGAGCGCUGCAGGAGGCAAAGCGUAUCGAGGCUGAGCACGGGGCAAGGCUGAGAAAUCUCCACGCGCAGACAGAGCGGCUGAGGCAGCAAGAGCAACGAAUGCUUCAGGAGCGAAUGAGGGUAAGUCAUCUGCAGAAGGAUUCGGAGAAUUCCAUAAACCACUUGCCACAAAUGAUUCAACCAAUUUUACCAGAUGCAGGUUCAUUCAUGCCAAACCCUGAGCUGACCUCAACGGUGAAUAUUCCCCCUCCGACUUCGUUGGCCGACUCUCAGGCCUCAGCUCUUCAGGCUAGUCUGGCUCUAUGGAGGUACAGCGCAGAAAAGGACCGGGAAUUCCUCGCCGAGGAGCAGAUCUUCUUGGACAAUUUGAAAAAGAAGUCUAACAGGUCACUUUAACACAGAUUGACAUUUUUUAUUUUAACAGUAUUAAUCCCUGAGGGGAACUUCUGCUUUACACUCUGUUCUUG